UACAGUAAAGCCUGGGAAAAUAAUAAAUAUGGAAAGAGCCAGAGACAAAGCAAGCAGAGGAAGCUACAAAAUCAAAGAGGAAAAACAAAAAGCAAAAAUGGAGAAAUCUCAGAUCUGGUUGGCCUUUGGAGCCAUGGCCUUGUUAUUGGCAUCGGCGACGGCGGAUGACGUCGUUGUACUAACGGAAGAUAUCUUCGAGAAGGAAGUCGGUCAAGAUCGAGGAGCUCUCGUCGAGUUCUAUGCUCCUUGGUGUGGUCACUGUAAGAAGCUUGCUCCUGAGUACGAGAAGCUUGGGUCAAGUUUUAAGAAGGCUAAAUCCGUCUUGAUUGGAAAGGUGGACUGUGAUGAGCAUAAGAGUGUCUGCAGCAAAUACGGUGUUCAGGGCUACCCAACUAUUCAGUGGUUCCCAAAAGGCUCUUUGGAACCUAAAAAAUAUGAAGGACCACGAACCGCAGAGGCCCUUGCUGAGUUUGUCAACACUGAAGGAGGGACCAAUGUGAAGAUAGCCACAUUACCAUCCAGUGUUGUAGUGCUAAAUGCUGAUAAUUUUGAUGAGGUUGUCCUUGAUGAGACGAAAGAUGUGUUGGUUGAGUUUUAUGCACCUUGGUGUGGGCAUUGCAAAAACCUUGCUCCUACCUAUGAAAAGGUAGCAUUGGCAUUCAAAAUGGAAGAAGACGUAGUUAUAGCUAAUCUAGAUGCUGACAAGCACAAGGAUCUAGCUGAAAAGUAUGGAGUUAGUGGGUAUCCAACACUGAAAUUCUUCCCAAAAACCAACAAAGCUGGUGAAGACUACAAUGGUGGCAGGGGUCUAGAUGACUUUGUUUCUUUCAUCAAUGAGAAGUGUGGCACCAGCCGUGAUGGAAAAGGGCAGCUGACUUCAAAGGCUGGUAUUUUGUCUAGUUUAGAUGUACUGGUGAAGGAUUUUGUGGCUGCCAACAAUGAUGAGAAGAAGACGGUCUUCUCUAAGAUCGAACAGGAAGUUGAGAAACUCAAGGGGUCCAGCGAGAGGUAUGGAAAGAUAUACUUGAAAGCUGCUAAAAGCUGUUUGGAGAAAGGUGCUGAUUAUCCCAAGAAGGAAAUCGAGCGGCUGCAGCGCAUUCUUGACAAGUCUAUAAGCCCAGCAAAAGCAGAUGAAUUCACUCUCAAGAAGAAUAUCCUAUCAACAUUUAUGUGAACUUAGCUCACUGAAUUUCACUAGUCUAGUACACUGGCAUGGGGCUCGAGUUUUCAGCAACGAUUUCGAGGAUUGGUUUUGCCUCCCAGUGCUGGGAUCCCACUCAUGUUUCAUUUUGAUUUUAAUCUUUGAGAGCAAUGGGUAAGGCCUUUUAUAUAAUAGUAGGAAAGUACUUUUUUGAGAUCAUCUAGAGCAAAUGAUCUAAUUAGACAGUUUCGUAUUUGUGCCCUUCUCUUCAAUGAUUAGAAAUUUUUACUCUGUUCACCCCAGCAAAAUUUAUAUUAUGCUUUCAGGACUCUUUAAACUUUUAGAGAUGAGACCUUUUUGCUUUUAA